GUAGCCGUGUCGGUCGCGAUACUCGUUCGCCGAGAGAAGAAGCGGUUUGUGUGUGUGUUCGUCUGUACUCUCUUCUCCGAUCGUGUGCUGCCUUGCUUUUGGUGGUAUCACUCGUCGUCGUCGUCGUCGUCGUCGUCGUUGUUGUCGUUGUUGUCGUCGUUGUCGUCGUUGUCGUCGUUGUCGUCGUGAUCGUGGUCGUGGUCGUUAUCGUCGUCGUUUUCGUAGUCGUCGUUGUUAUCUUCGUUGUCGUCGUCGUCGUCAUCGCUAUCUGUCGUUUCAUCGAGCGUGUAUUCGCGUUCACCUCCCUGGUCGCGUAUCGCGCGCGCUUUUUCCGCCGGUUAUUUCGUAGCCGGCAAAGCGCUACGUGCCACCGUCUUCUUCGUGUGUACGCAGUUUCGUUUCGCACCGCGCGACUAACCUAUAUUACACUACGCACGGACAUGUUGAAUUACACGAAGUUGAGAUGUGUUACGGAUUACGCAGUGAGAAGGAGCAUGUCGACUGCGAAGGCAGUGGAAAAGGAAUGGGGCUCUGCAAAUCGUCAUAAUGUAAUCGUUAUAUGUGGUUACCCAAGGAAUGCAGUUGUAGCAGUGUGCUGGCAAUCGCCUUGAGCAGUAGGCAAGAUUAUGGUGCAGGUGAUAAAUUUCGUUUGGUUCUUGCAACGACCUUGAGGGAGGACGGUUAUCCCGAUGGAGGGGAGUGGAACGCGACGGAACAGGAAGGCGGUUCCAGAGCAGAUAGCUUUGAAUACGUGAUGUCCGGUAUGGUUUAUCGAAUCGAAGGUGACGAGGCAAGCAACGAACCUAGCAGUAGACUAUCUGCCUACGUAUCCUUUGGAGGAUUGCUGAUGAGGUUACAGGGUGACGCAAACAACCUACACGGUUUUGAGAUCGACCAGCAUAUGUAUCUACUAAUGAAAAAAUUGGCGUUCUAACUUCAUUACAUGCGCCGCAAUUAUUGAUUUAGGAAAUGUGUGUAUAUUAAAUGCAUUCUUUUCAAGGAGAACGUUAUUAUUAAUCAAUCUAGAACAAAGAUGAUUCAAUUGUUAGAAAUUAUUAAUGGUCGAUAUUAUUGCAGAAAGAAAUUUCUUGUAUAUUGCAAUAAUCGAGGAAACAGUACAUUGACGUAAAACAGGAAAUAUGUAUUCUGUUUUCUAGCUGAUCGAUCACUAAUCAUAUUUUCCAAUUCAUGAAUCAUUACUAAGCAUUGUUACUGCCAUUGCGAUUUUCAGAUACGUGCUAAUUAAUAAAGGUAUUUUUCCACGUAAAAAA